UCCAUCGGGUAACACGAUUUGGCUGUGAAUAUAGCAGGAAGGGGGAGGGGGUUACAUCGUCCCACUCGCGAUCGCACGCUACAUGAAUUGACUAAUGUUUCCACACACAAUAGCUUCUGGGAAAAGAAGAUGACUGUAAAGCAGGUUCAUCAGUACAAUAGAAAAUAUAAAACAGUGGUUUAGCUUGCAUUUGCAAAAUUUCAGAUGAUUAAAAAUUGAUGAAGUUAAAUUGCCAGAAUUGAUAAAUAUGGAAAAUAUUGGGGAUAUUUCAACUAUUCCUAUGACAGAGAAACAGCCGGUUAUAUUAGGAAAUCAAAAUACUGGGACAAUGACAGGCACAACUCCUGCUCUUUAUGUUCUUGUGAAGCAGAGUACUGGUAAACCUGAUCAAGGAACCUUGCUUUCAAAUCAAGAUAACAGCAGUCUUCUCAGCAAUGCAGCAAAACCAAUGAAAUCUAAAGCAAAGACAUACCUUCCAGCUGAUUGCGCUUCAGGGAAUAUCACUGUUAUGCUGGACAACAAUAAUAUGUGGAAUGAAUUUUAUCAUCGCAGCACUGAAAUGAUUUUGACCAAACAAGGGAGACGAAUGUUUCCAUAUUGUCGAUACUGGAUAACAGGCCUAGAAUCCAACCACAAGUAUAUCCUAGUCAUGGAUAUUUCUCCAGUUGACAACUUCCGCUAUAAAUGGAAUGGCCAUAGUUGGGAACCUAGUGGAAAGGCAGAACCCCAUGUGCUGGGAAGAGUAUUUAUUCAUCCUGAAUCCCCUUCUACUGGUCAUUACUGGAUGCAUCAACCAGUAUCUUUCUAUAAAUUGAAGCUUACUAAUAAUACAUCAGACCAGGAAGGACAUAUCAUUCUGCAUUCUAUGCAUCGGUAUUUACCUCGACUACACCUGGUGCCUGCUGAAAAAGCUACAGAGGUUAUCCAGUUGAAUGGUCCUGAUGUCCAUACUUUCACUUUUCCACAGACAGAAUUCUUUGCUGUAACUGCAUAUCAAAACAUCCAAAUUACACAAUUAAAAAUAGACUAUAAUCCAUUUGCUAAAGGAUUCAGAGAAGAUGGCUUGAGUAGUAGACUUCAGCGUGAUGUGAAGCAAAAUGGUAGCUCAGAGCGUGAAGGUAAUAGUGUUACAAGUUCUCCUACUAAUCACAGACAUCUUCUUGAAGGAAGUAUUUUGGAUCCAUCACAGAGAGAACUAGACCCAUCACCGAGUGGGAUAUGUGACCCAGAUCUGCAGAAAGAGUCCCUUAGUCCAUAUCAUCAGUUCUUACAUUUUGCGGAGACAGAUGCACAUGCAGGUGAUGAUCAAGGAUUAAAGGAAGAAGCAUCAGAAAGUCCAAUAUCCAACCCUUGUCAAAAAUUGUCACAAGUGACAUCUCAGCUUACUCAAGAGGAAGGAAUCAGCUUGUCUAUUAAAGAAGAACCAUUAGAUAACUAUGAAUAUGAACCUCUAACUUGCAUGGAAGGGGUAAAUGUGAAGGAAGAAGAAGCCAAUAACAUUGCAGAAGAAUAUUCCAACAGUAAUGGCUCCAUGUUGGAACAGCAGCUGGAGAAAUACAGUGAAAUGGAUAAAAUGGAUAUUGAAUUCCACAAGGAACAACAAAUAAACCAGUUGGGUGUUGCCAAAGCAAAAAUGCUAAAAUUGGAUAGUGGGAAGAUGCCUGUAGUUUACCUAGAACCCUGUACAAUCAUCAGAAAUACAGUGAACGUUUCUGUUCUUUCACAGGCCUUAAUGACAACUUCUAAGAAUGAAAGGUCUGCACUGACUCAUUCAUUAGAUUCUUUUCCUGCUCAUUUUGAAAAUAAAGGUGUUGCUAGUCCUUUUGAAAUCCAGGGAACCGGGAAGAUUAGAACUGAUAAAAUGGUAUCUGAAAACACAGCACCACAGAUACCUUCAGAAGAAGAUGUGCUAGGUAGAAGUACUAAAACAUGCAGCAGCCUCAAUACAACUGAGAAGGUUUCUAGUUGUGAUCUCAAGACUACUGCCACCAGCAGCCCUUCUUUAGCUAAAGUUAUCUUCGAUGACCAAAAUAUAAAUACGUUGAAGACUCACAUUUCUGGCAAGAGUAUUGUUGGCAAUCAAAACGAUGGAAUGUCAGGCCCAAGGAAACGAGGAAGACCACGGAAAUCAAAGUUAUCUGAAGCGGGAAGAUCACCUAAAUGCAGUGCAAAAUGUGGUGCAACCAAUAAUGAUGUCUCUUUGGGAAGUGGUAGUACCCAUUUGGAUGUUAAUCCUGAUCUUGAGGAUGUGGAUGGAAUGCUUUUUGUAUCCUUUGUAUCCAAGGAAGCACUUGAUGUCCACAGUUUUGAUAGAGCUGAAGAAAAAGAAUUGCAAAAUACACUGAACAAUACACUGGCUACAUGUAAUCCAUGCACUGAUUCAGAUGGUCAAAGAAUACAACAGAUGGAAAAAGAAUUGUUAGCAGAUUUAAAAUCUUUUAAGUACAAACAAGUAAUACACCCAAGUCUUCAAGAAGUGGGUUUAAAAUUGAAUUUUGUGGACCCAACAAUGAGCAUUGAUCUAAAGUAUUUGGGUGUGCAGUUGCCAUUAAGUUAUUCAGAGGAAUAUGCUUCAUGGAAAAAUGAAGGAACGGAUUCCAAUUCUGCUGAUGCUGGACUUCAUUUUAUUUCAAGGACUGGAAAGACAAAUGACAUCACAAAAAUAAAGGGUUGGCGAGGAAAAUUUCACAACUCUUCAAAAAAUGAAGGUAUCAUUUUAGAAGGCUUGUUGAAGAAUCGAUCUGCCUUCUGCAGUGACAAACUUGAUGAAUACUUAGAAAAUGAAGGAAAGUUGAUGGAAACAAGCAUUGGAUUUUCUCCUAGCACAUCUAGUUCUCCUGUAGUUUAUCAGCUUCCAACUAAAAGCACCAGCUAUGUGCGGACAUUAGAUAGUGUUCUAAAAAAACAAUCCACUGCUUCUAGUUUGAAUUCUUAUACUUCCAAACCUCUGGGCUUACCUUCUGUUUCUAAAAAGAAAAAGGAGAAAAUGAAGAGUAAAAAGCAAGCAGUCUCAAAAGGCAAAGAAAAAUCUCCCCCCAAAGGCACAAUAGGCUUUUCUGUUGCAAAAAAAGACAAACAUAAGCUCAUCUUAGAGGAGAAAGUUUCUAAAUCUCGGGCAAUUGAUCAGACAAUUACUGAGAAAGAUGCUUCGAUGAUGUCGGGCACAGAGAGAAAUCUGCAGAGCAAACAGACUACUGUGCGUCAGGUGCAGCAGCAACAGGGCAGUCGGUUGUCAACUUUAUCCAAGACUCAGUUGAAACUGCUGGACCUAGAAGAUUGCGCAUUGUGGGAUGGCAAACCACGGACAUAUAUUACAGAGGAGCGAGCUGAACUGUCUUUGACAAUUUUGCUGACUGCUCAGGCUUCACUCAAAAACAAACCUAUUCACAAAAUAAUUAAAAAGAAAGCACCAGCGUGCAACAAUGAUUUUUGUCGGCUUGGGUGUAUCUGUUCUAGUUUAGCUGUUGAAAAACGUCAGCCAACACAUUGCCGCAAACCAGAUUGCAUGUUUGGAUGUACUUGCCUAAAAAGAAAAGUUGUCUUAGUUAAGCAGAAAAAGAUCCAGGAGAAGCCUCUGCAUGGGAAGCAUAAAUUAUAUCGUGAAAGAAAUCAGGAACAACAAACAGAUGUAAUAGCAAAAAAUGAGCAAGAAAAAAUGAAACUAAAAGAUAAGAAGAAGAAAAAGAAGGUUGAAUAUACUAUUUGUGAUACUGAACCAGAAAAACCUGUUAAAAGUUUUCCAUUGUGGAUAAAAAAAGAUGGAGAGGUGGAUCCAGAACCAAUUUACAUCCCAACUGCAUCAGAUAUUGAAGCAACAAAAACUGCAACGUCACCUACUCCAGACAUCAUACCAACUAAUGAUAAAUCUACAGCAACUGAAGUUAAUUCAAUGGCCAAUGGAUUCAAGCCAUUACGAGUAUAUACACCUAGACCCAAUCCAGUGAUUCGAGAAGAAGAUAAGGACCCUGUUUAUCUAUAUUUUGAAAGUAUGAUGACUUGUGCUCGUGUGAGAAUAUAUGAACGGAAAGUAAAGGAGAAGGGUCAGCAGGAAAAAGCCCCCCAGAAUUGUGAAAAACAUAUUGAAAAGGAACAUGAUGCAGAUCCCCAGCCCCUGAAAAUUGAAGAGGAUAAAGACCCUGGAGAGAAAAGCUGGUGGUUUUCCUGUAGUGCUGGGGAUCCAUCUACUUCUUAUGUACAUCGUAUUACUCCAGAUGGCAAAAACAAAUUAAUUGAGAUUAUUUCUGAUUGCAACUGGGAGGAGGAUCGCAAAGAGAUCUUGAAUAUCUUAUCACAGCAUAUCAGAAAUAAGAUGCCUAAAUCACUUAAAGUAGGCCAUUUUAUUAUUGAGCUAGAAUCUGAAAGCAAAACUUGGGAUGAAAAGCAUACACCCAUCUAUUCUUCUCGAGUGAAAAUCUCCAUGUUACCAUGUCAGAACAAGAACCAAAGCCCUCCGGUCGUUGUUGAGUCACCUAAUGCUGGAUUGUCACCGUGCCCACCGUGCAAAAGAACAGAUAAAUUAACAACCCCUGAGAAAUUACAGGAACAGAGGAAGAAAGGUUUACCCUUUUAUGCAGGAGUUCCUUCUGCCGGAAAGCUGAUUGCUAACACAUGCAAAUAUGACAUGAAUCCCUCAGGUUCAAUUCAGGUUAAUGGUAAAAACUCUCCUCAAGCCAAACUUCUUUUGGGACAGAUGGGAGCAUUGCAUCCAGCCAGUCAUCUAGCAGCUUAUCUCACGGGUAGACUGCAAUCAACCAUGUUUGAUCUCUCAACAAUGAUCCUCAAAACAGCACCCAGUAAUAAACUUGCUGUUUCUGAAUCACUACCAACUGAUGUGUCCACAUCAGAAACAUCUAAAACUCCAUUUUCUACUGAUACUACAACAGUCUCCACUGCUCGUGUCUCAGCACAGAGACAGAUAG